AUGGAAAAAUAUAGAACUUCUAAUUCAAGAAUUGAUGAAAAGGUCAUGAUAGGAUUAUCUGGAGGUUCAUCAUCAAGAGCAAUGCUUCAUUUAUUAUGUGAGAUUUUUUCUCAUGAGUUAUCUAAGAAACAAUCUUUUACUGAAGUUUUGGUUUGUCAUAUUGAUGAAAAUUCUAUAUUUAAUUUAAAGGAUAGCACAAUAAAUCAAGUCGAACAAAUUAUUCAAAAAUAUAAUUCUUCUUUCAUUGGAUUACGGAUUGAAGACAUAUAUUCAGAUGAAUUUACAUCAAACAUGGAAUUUGGUCAAGUUUUAAAAAUUUCUUUAGACAAAUCAAAGCAACAAGAAUUUAAUGAAUUUAAUGCUAUUAUUAGACAAAAUAAGGAAUUAUCAAACAAAGAGAAAUUGCAAUCAUUACUUGAAUGCAUAUCAAACUUAACUUCCAAAGAAGAUUUCGUGUGGUAUCUGAAACUAAGUUUAUUGAUUCAGAUUGCACGUGAUUGUUCAACUCGAUUAGCUACUAAGAUUAUAUCUUUGACUAGUAAAGGGCGUGGAUUUAGUUUUGAAACUGUUUUCAUACCUUCCCUGACUUCCUUGCGACCAUCAAAAUCCAGUAUUGAGAGAUUAACUGAAGAUUUCAUUGUUGGUUUGGAAAGGGAUUAUCCAUCUACUGUAAGCACUAUUGCAAGAACCGGUUCUAAACUUACAACUUCAAAUUCCAUUGAUGAUGAAAAUCGUUGUGCCUUAUGUUUGAUAAUAACUGUGACAAAAAUUCCUUCUUCAUUUACAUCAUCUAUCUCUACUACAAAUGAUUGUAACACUACUACAAAUAAUUAUAAUGACCAUUGUAAUCUUUUUACAAAAUCCUGUUCGCAAUCUUGUUGUUCAAAUUGCAUUAAUCUUGAUCAUCAAAAUAUUGAGAUCAACAACACUUUAUGUCACGCUUGCCGUGUCAAUAUGCAUGAUAUUAAUGAAAUUUUUUUACCUCCCUAUGUAGCUGAAGAGGCAAAAAAGCAAAAUAGGCGGUUAGAUUUAAGAAAAAAUAUUGAAGAAUUCUUAAUAGAUGAUAUAGAUAAUGACCAAUAA